CGAGACCACCGUUCGCGGGCAUGCGGCGCUGCCGCUGCGCCCGUCGAGACGCGGUGCGGAGCCGCGGGCAGCGGGGCUGAGCCUAAGGGCGUCCGGGGCCGGAGCCCCACGCCCGGGGCUCGCCGCGCUCCCCGAGGAGGCGUGGGGGCAAUGAUCUGGCGUGGGGAGCGGGCACAGCUGGCCCCCAGUUCGCCCUGCUCCGUCGCUGGCGGCGAGUGAGACUCGGCGGAGCCCCGCUCGGCGCUCCCGGAAGGGCGUGCGGGCGGGCGGGAGGGAGGGAGGUGGUGCCGGCGCGGAGAUGCUGCAGCCCUCCCCCGGCGCCGACGGGGUCCUGCCGGGGUAGCGGCCCCGCCGUGCCGCGCCGAGCCCCGCCGUCUGCGGGGGGCGGUGGCCGCGGAGUGAUGGAGCCGGCCAGCCCCUGCCAGGCGCCGCUGCUCGCCGCCAACGAAUCUUACCACGGCCGAAACUGCAGCUCCGAGGAAGGGAGCUAUCAAGAUGCCACCCCUCUCUCCUGGAAGAUCGUACUCGCCGUCGUCCUGGCGCUCGUCACCCUGGCCACGGUGCUCUCCAACGCCUUUGUCAUCGCCACGGUUUACCAGACGAGGAAACUCCACACGCCGGCCAACUAUCUCAUCGCCUCGCUGGCCGUCACCGACCUCCUCGUCUCCAUCCUCGUCAUGCCCAUUAGCACCAUCUACACUGUGACCGGCAAGUGGACGCUUGGCCAGAUCGUCUGCGACAUCUGGCUGUCCUCGGACAUCACCUGUUGCACGGCGUCCAUCCUGCACCUCUGUGUCAUCGCCCUGGACCGCUACUGGGCGAUCACCGACGCCGUCGACUACUCCACGAAACGGACUCCUAAGCGGGCAGCGGGCAUGAUCGCUCUGGUGUGGGUCUUCUCCAUCUGCAUCUCCAUGCCGCCUUUGUUUUGGCGGCAGGCGAAGGCCGAGGAAGUCUCUCGCUGUGUGGUGAACACGGACCACGUCCUCUACACCGUGUACUCCACGGUGGGAGCCUUCUACUUCCCCACUCUGCUGCUGAUAGCCCUCUACGGGAGGAUCUACGUGGAAGCCAGGUCGCGGAUUUUGAAGCAGACGCCAAAGAAAGCAGGUAAAAGACUAACGCGGGCGCAGUUAAUCACGGACUCCCCGGGGUCUUCCUCAUCCGUCACGUCCAUAAACUCCAAGGCCCCCGAGGGAUACAGCGAAACGGGCUCUCCCGUCUACAUGAACCAGGUGAAGGUGAAGGUCUCGGAUGCUCUGCUGGAGAAAAAGAAGCUCACGGCCGCUAGAGAGCGGAAAGCGACAAAGACUUUAGGGAUUAUUUUAGGAGCCUUCAUCGUCUGUUGGCUGCCCUUUUUCAUCAUCAGCCUGGUGUUACCCAUUUGCAAGGACGCUUGCUGGUUCCACAUGGCCAUCUUUGACUUUUUCACGUGGCUUGGAUAUCUCAACUCCCUCAUCAACCCCGUCAUCUAUACUAUGUCUAACGAAGACUUCAAACAAGCUUUCCACAAACUCAUACGUUUCCGAUGCACAAGCUGAAAUUUUGGAAUGCGAUGUGUCCUCCGGGGCUGCCCCCAUGCACGCCCGUGCCCGGUGCCACAGAAUCAAGUUGCUAUUGUAAAGAACCCACUGCUUGAAACUUCCCCAAGCCCAGUUGCCAGACUCAUGAUGCUGCAAAAAAAACGUCAAUACAUACUGCCACCAAACUGCUCAGCUCUGCAUUUCAGUGUUAAUGACUCUGGCAGAGAUGCUGUUCCAAUAGUCACCCAGAUCAGCUGCAAAAUAAAUGACAAAUAAUAAAAAAAAAAAGGAAUAACUAAAUAAAUAAUUAAUAAUAAUAAUAAUAAAAAAGAAGGCAGCCUCAAAUCAAGGUCUAUAAUUCACCUGGACUGAAGAAAAAAAUAAAUCAAUAAUUAAAGGGAAAAAAGGGAAAAAAAGUUUGAGAGUGAACUCCACUUCUUUUGCAGGCUUUAACUUCUUCAUUUGUUCUCUGGCCAGUUGUAGGGGUGUGCACAAGAGCACAGUUGUCUCUCUCUCUCUCUCUGUUGGUAGCACAGUUGUACUUCUGCACACUGGUCAUUUCUUUCUUUCAGUGGGAAGAGUUGCUCCCUUUGCUUAGGAGGCCAAGAGG